UGAAGGCUGAGGGGAGGGGGCUCCGCAAGGAAAGCGCUGGGGGAGGGGCGGUGUGAGAGUGACUGAUUUCCUUCCGGCACGUCGCCCGCUCCGGAGAAGGGGGGCGGGGGGUUUCACUUCCGGGACGGUGUUCCGGCCCAUUCCGGCCCAUUUCCACCCCCGGAGCUCUCGCCCCUCCAGUGCCGACGCUAGAGAAAGACUUAACUUCAGGGGCUUCCUCACUGGGGAAUUGCUGGAAAGAGCAAACAAAAAGGCGCUGGUGUAGGCUCCAAAAUAUACAUCUGAAUUCGUGAUGGCAUCGACAGAGGCUCUUAAAGGAUUAAAAGUUUCAAAACAAACAAUAACGCUUUGGAAAAAGCAGGGUUGAAUGUCUGCCUGUGCUUUCAGGCAUGACCAUGGAGAAAAGUGGGAACAUACAGUUGGAGAUCCCUGACUUCAGCAACUCGGUUCUGAGCCAUCUCAACCAACUCCGCAUGCAAGGCCGACUCUGUGAUAUUGUGGUCAAUGUGCAAGGACAAGCUUUUCGGGCUCACAAAGUAGUGCUGGCUGCCAGUUCCCCUUAUUUCCGGGAUCACAUGUCCUUGAAUGAAAUGAGUACUGUGUCCAUCUCUGUCAUCAAGAACCCUACUGUUUUUGAACAGCUCCUUUCUUUCUGUUACACAGGGCGGAUAUGCCUGCAGCUAGCAGAUAUCAUCAGCUACCUAACAGCCGCUAGUUUUCUGCAGAUGCAGCAUAUUAUAGACAAAUGCACACAGAUCCUAGAGGGCAUUCACUUCAAAAUCAACGUGGCUGAGGUCGAAGCAGAAUUAAGUCAAACAAGGACAAAGCAGCAAGAGAGACCUCCAGAGUCUCACAGGGUCACACCAAGCCUAAGCCGCUCACUUAGUCCACGGCAUAACGCCACAAAGGGAAACUGGAGAGGACAGGUCAGUGCCGUGCUGGAUAUCAGAGAGCUCAGUCCACCCGAGGAGUCCACUAGUCCUCAGAUAAUUGAACAGAGCUCUGAUGUAGAGGGCCGCGAGCCCAUUCUUCGGAUCAACAGAGCAGGACAGUGGUACGUGGAAACCGGAAUAGCAGACCAAGGGGCCCGGAGUGGGGAUGAAGUUAGGGUUCUUGGAGCAGUGCACAUCAAAACUGAAAAUCUGGAGGAGUGGCUCGGGCCAGAGAACCAGCCUUCUGGAGAAGAUGGGAGCAGUGCAGAGGAAGUCACAGCCAUGGUGAUUGACACCACUGGCCAUGGUUCUAUAGGACAGGAAAGUUACACCUUAGGGUCUUCAGGAGCCAAGGUAGCUCGGCCAACCAGCAGUGACGUUGACAGAUUUAGUCCCUCCGGCAGUGUUGUUUCCAUGACAGAAAGACACAGAGCCAGAAGUGAGUCUCCUGGGAGAAUGGAUGAGCCUAAGCAACUUAGCUCCCAGGUAGAAGAGUCAGCAAUGAUGGGAGUAAGCGGCUAUGUGGAGUAUCUCCGAGAACAGGAAGUAUCUGAACGGUGGUUCCGAUAUAAUCCCCGUCUCACCUGCAUCUACUGUGCCAAAUCUUUCAACCAAAAGGGAAGUCUGGACCGCCACAUGCGCCUGCAUAUGGGAAUCACACCUUUUGUCUGCCGCAUGUGUGGAAAAAAGUAUACCCGGAAAGAUCAGCUGGAGUAUCAUAUCCGCAAGCACACAGGCAACAAGCCUUUUCACUGUCAUGUUUGUGGCAAAAGUUUCCCCUUCCAGGCCAUCUUGAAUCAGCACUUUCGAAAAAACCACCCUGGCUGUAUACCUCUGGAAGGGCCUCACAGCAUUUCUCCUGAGACAACUGUCACAUCUCGGCAAGCUGAAGAAGGCUCACCUUCUCACGAAGAAACAGUUGCUCCUGGGGAAUCUGCCCAGGGCUCAGUGUCUACUACUGGGCCAGACUGAAACACUGAGGGGGAGGGGUCAGACCCUCUUCCCCUUUGGGCCGUAUCCAGCCCCUAUCAGGACCAUGGGCUGGUAUUCAGAUUCACAGAAUGCCACAUCACUCGCCUAGAAGAUGUUCCCAUGGUGUUGCCAAAUUAGAAGACCAACAUGCAGAAAGCACUAAAGGCUCUUCUCUCUCCACCUCACACUUUGGAAAAUAAUCAAGCAAAUCAGCUUCUAAUUCAGGGAUCAACAGCCUUGGUUUGUUAACUUUAUAAGAAAAAAAAAGUUUUUAACAAAACUGAUAAAUGAAUGGUCAUUUAUCUACCAGUCAUGAUUGAACACUGUACUUAGGUCCAUAUCAUCUUGAUGGGUUAAAACCCAGAUCUAAAAAAACAAAGAGCAACAGGAGCUUUGGCCAGCUGACGCAGCCUAUCAGAAGAGGGAAAGAUAGUCACCAUGGUGAGAAAGGGGAGUCUUUCCUUCCUCUUCCCUGCCAGAGCAUGCAUCUCCGUAUUUAAGAAAAGAGAAUGCUGGUGGUUCUUACUAGUCUAAAUGGUUAGCUUGCCCUUGCCCUGGGGAGACAUUGACUUUGCCUGGUGGUUUCAUGUGGUCAGCUACCGUGGAGCAGUAUUCUAGCAGGCACUUUAGGCACAGAGAAGGAAAACGAACAGCCAAGCAUUACAGUGGGCACAUCUACCUGUGGGAGCCUGAGAGAGGAGCAGGGAAGGAAGUGCUUUUAUGCUUUACAAAUACUGCACAGCACAGAACUGAAGUACAACUUCCUGUUCGGUGUUUGUAAACCAUUGCACUUGCAUAAAUCCUUGGGUAUUACAAAAAUGUUUCUAGCUGUAUGGGUUAACCUGUUAGGCUGGCUACCAAAAGCUGAUCCUCUUCAGCUCUUGUUUCAUAUAACAGCAAUAUUGUACAUCAGAAGUGUCACUUUCCAGUGAAAUGAGCCUGGAUUGUAUUUUUAAAUCCACAGGUCUCCACAUUUGAUAACUUUUAUAUGAAGUUUUUAAAGUUUUUUUCCUGCAAUAUUACAGUUGAAGAGAGAUUCAACACUAUUGUUCUUAUUGCAACCACAGUUUUAUUUCCUUCUGCGUGUUUUAUACUUUAUAUUUUCAGUCCAGUGAAGAGGAACGUCACUUAAAUCUGUGUCUUAGGUCUAUAUAUAAUUCAUAAACCAAUUAGCAAAUUGCUGGUGACUCCAAGAGCUUUGGUUUUUUUGUUUUUUAAAUAAUACACUACAGGGCACUUCACUUACAAGAAAAUAUCAUGCACAAUCAUGUUGCAAUAAAUGAUCAAGGGAUCAAUUCUUAUCAGGUAUGGUUACAUCAUUAUUCCUAAGAUUUUUAAAACUUCAAGGGACUUUUUAGUGAUCUUGAGUUUUUCUGAGAUUCUUAAAUCCAGCUCUGAAAGAAUUUACCAAACACAUAGAGCUUUAUAUGUCUUGUCUUGCAUGCAGAGGGCAAAGGAAUGUUAAAAGUUAUUCAGGCAAGCUGAUGCCUGCAGUCUACAGUGCAAACAGAAGGACGUCUCUAACUUGAGUGAUGUUAAGAGCAUAUUUAAAUGUGUAAUCGUUUUGGUACAGGGAUAUUGUGAUUCUCAGAGCUUUGGGAGGAUGGGCUGGUCCUACCUGCACUUGUGAGCCAUUUAGGAGAAUGUGGAGUUUGUGCGCUCCUUUCUUGUGAGCACUUUGUGGUGUGUGGAAAGGUGCAGAAGACAUUGUUGAUAAGAAACUGGAAUGCAGAGGAUGGCUUUAAGCAACCUGAGGCUUGGGUAUACAGUAUCACCAGAGAAAGGUUUUCUCUUCUGAACAAGUAUAGAAAUUCAUCUUUUAAAGGAGUAUUGUGGUGUUCCAGUUGAAGAGCCCACCUUUAAAAGCAGCACUGGAGAGCAGUGUCUCUGAUAAUCGUAGACGGACUU